AAUACAAAAAAAGAAAAACAACAGUAAAGUUAAAAGCGAAAAUGUACGUGGUCUGCAGUUAAUAAAUUUAUUUUUAUUUUUGUUUGUGUUUUAAAUUGUAAGAAAGCUCAAAGGAAUAAUUUGUCCAAAAACUCAUACUAAUAAUUGUUGUUUUUCAAACUUUACUAAACCAAAGCGCAUAAUUGAAAAUAGACAUUUUGGAGAAAAACUAGCAGUUAAAAGAAAUCAUAUUUUAUAAAGAGCUUAGUUUCAAUCGCAUGAAAGUCAAAUAGCCAAAAUGAAUUCAAGCGGAACAGCUGCCUUGGGGUCAACAUCAAAAUUGCCAGGACCACCGAUUAGCCCACUCGUUGAAAACUCUGACGAACCACUUCCAAGUCUAUCAGAUCUGCACGAUUUUGAGCCUAAGUUAGAAUUCGAUGAUACCGAACUUUUAACACAAUCUCCUAUACCCAAUGAUGUAAUGGUGGAUGACUUUGUUUUAGCUGCUGGAGAAGAAAUUGAAGAAGCUGAAAUAGAAAAUCCUCUGGAGGACAACGAUUUCGAAGAUCAACUCAAGGAGCAAUCCGAAAGUUUUACCACAAAUAAAACAAAAUGUGAUUUUCUUGGUACAGAUAAACAAGGUCAACAUAUAUUUGGCAUUUAUGCAUCACGCUUUCCCGAAAAGAAUCAAAUGGAGAAGUUUAUCCGGGAACUUAUAAAGGAAAUUGAACCAUAUGUGGAAAAUGAUUACAUUUUAGUAUACUUUCAUCAAGGACUCAAAGACGAGAAUAAACCUUCUGCACAAUUUUUAUGGAAUUCAUACAAAGAACUCGAUAGAAAUUUUCGAAAAAAUCUAAAAAAUCUUUAUGUCGUCCAUCCGACUUGGUUUAUACGAGUUAUAUGGAAUUUCUUCCGUCCAUUUAUAAGUGACAAAUUUCGCAGAAAGCUUGUAUAUAUUUCCACAUUGGACGAGCUAAGACAAGCAUUAGGUUUAACCAAGCUUAAAUUACCCGAUAAUAUAUGUGAAUUUGAUGAUAAACUUUAUUCAAAUCGUCGGAGUGCGCCAACAAGUGUGACUGACGGUUCUAUUAUCAAAACAACGCAAUUUGGUGUUCCAUUGAAGUUUAUCACACAAAAUAGCCCGUGCUUGAAUUCCAUUCCACCGAUUGUACGCAAAUGUGUUGAUUCUUUAUCGAUGACUGGUGUUAUUGAUACAGAAGGAAUUUUUAGAAGAUCUGGUAACUAUACUGAAAUUAAUGACCUCAAGUUAAGAGUGAAUCGAGGUGAAGAGGUUGACUUGAAAGACGUCAAUGUACAUGUUAUAGCUGGGUUACUUAAAUCAUUUUUGAGAGAUCUUAGUGAGCCAUUGUUAACUUAUGAACUCUACGAAAAUAUCACAAGUUUCUUAGAUUGGCCAAAAGAAGCAAGAUCUCGAAAUGUGACACAACUAAUCAGGGAAAAGCUGCCUGAAGAAAACUAUGAGCUCUUCAAAUAUUUAGUGGAGUUCUUGGUUAAGGUAAUGGACUGCGAGGAUCUUAACAAGAUGACAUCUUCCAAUCUGGCAAUUGUUUUUGGACCCAAUCUAAUCUGGUCACGUCAUGCACAAAUGUCGUUAGAGGAAAUAAAUCCAAUUAAUUCAUUUGUAGACUUUGUGCUGCAGAAUCACAAAGAUAUCUAUUUGGUUGACAUUAACAAAAAAGCGUCGCCAAUAGAUUAACCUAGGCUUUUAUAAUAAUUUACAGUACGUUUUUUUCCUAUUUUUUUAUUCUAUUCUCUUCUAAUUUUUUUUUAUUAUUUAUAUUAAUCUUUUUUGUUGUUUCUUUUUCUAAUUUUUUAUUACUACCAAAGAGAAAUAUUUUAUAAAAAAAAAUUGGAAAUUACAAUUUAUAAAAAAAAAAAUGAAGUAUCCAUUUUGGGUUGUAGAAAAUUAAAAGAUUAACAAAUCUAUCUCUGCACAUACUUUUUCUCUCAAGAAUACACAGAAAUUUUAUCAAUCAACACAAAUGUACAUUUUUGUUACUGUUAAUACUAGAAAUAGUACAAAAUUUAGAUUGCACCGCUAAAAACUGUUAUUUUUUAAAAAUUAAUAUAAAUUGAUCAUUUUUACAAAUGGAAAAAAAGAAUCUGGAAAUUUUAGAUUAUAUUUUAAGCUGAAAAGUAAUUUUCGGUUUGCACUAUUUCGAGUGUUUACAGUAAAAUAAAUGUACAUAAAAACUGUUAGUUGAUAAAAAGUAAUGAAGAAAAAAAUAUUCCUCUUUUAUAACAUCACAAAUCGCACAUGUAAGAAAAAACAAA